AUGGGUGAACGUUCUUAUUCAUGUUCAGAGUGCGGGAAAUGUUUCACUAGGAAAGACAAUCUCAUUACACACCAGAGAAUACACACGGGUGAGCGUCCUUACUUGUGUUCACAAUGUGAGAAAUCUUUCAUUGAGAAAAAGGAACUUCUUAGGCACCAGAAAAAACACACAGGUGAGCGCCCUUAUUCUUGUACAGAGUGCGGGAAAUCUUUUUCUGAGAAAGGAGACCUUGCAAAACACCAGAGAAAUUCACACGGAUGUGCGCCCUUAUUCGUGUUUAGAGUGCGGGAAAUCUUUCAAAACAAAAGGAUCACUUUUAAAACACCAGAGAGUUCACACGGGUGA